CAUUUUGGUGGCAUCAAGUACAGUAAGCAGAGAAGAUGGCAACAACAGCCCAGGCUAUUAACAGCCUGCCCAGUGGGUUAGGAGUAUUUACAACUUUGCCUGAUUUAUUCUUUAUCCCAGAACUUGUUUUUGGUGGGCUUGUUUGGAUCCUUGUGGCAUCCACAAACGUGUAUAUGGAAAACCCUCAAGGAUGGGUGAUGUUUGUGUCAGUGUUCUGCUUCGUAUUUACAUUCCUCUGGCUGCUGUUGUUCAUGAUGGGUGUGAACAAGAACAACUCUAUGUGGGCAUCACUGGAUGUGGCCUACCAUGCACUUGCUGCUUUCUUUUACCUGAGUGCUUCUGUUGCAUUGGCCUAUGUUACAACAGUUUUGGGACAAAUCAAUUUAGGAAAUGAAAUUCUUUUCAAGUACUACCAGGAAGACAUUGCUGCAGUAGUGUUUUCCUAUAUCGCGACCCUGCUCUACGCAAUCCACGCAGUGAUGUCUGCAUGCAGAUGGAAAUCCUUAUAAAGGCAUCAGGCACCAAAAACGACAAAGCAUAACUGGACCCAUUUAAUUAAAAGACAAGAACAUGCAAGUCGAAGGUUCUUAUACACGAGAGUCUAUUUCACUUAGUUACCCAUUUUUAUUCUUCAGUAAAGGUUUAAGGAAAACAUUCUAAGUGAGAAAUUAAUAAAUAAAAUAAGAAAUAAUUUAAUGAGUGAACAGUUAUGUUUUCUAUUUUAGACUUCCAUGUGCUUUUUUUAUUGAAUAUGGGCCAUGAAAGCAAUUUGCAGACCAGCUCAGUCAUUUCUUCUGGAAAAGUACACCUGAUUUAAUGUUUAAAAUAAAACUUAAAGCUUGCUUUUUUUUUUUUACCCAAAAUAUACCAGUAUAUCGUGUAUUCUUUAAAAAACAAAUUAAUGAAUUUGUAUUUGCAAUAUGAUAUAUUUUAUAUAUGUAGAACAAACAUCUUGUAAAUAAAAUGCUGUAUUUUAAGAAUAAAGCUGGCCAUUGCUACUACA